UGUCUACAAUUCCUGUUUCCUGUUUAUGUUAACGUCACUUCCGCUCGCUGUAGCUGCAGGUAGUGCUGCUGCGGGAAGAUGGCGACGGAUAAACAGAAACAUGAAGGCAGGGUAAAGAUUGGACACUACAUACUCGGGGACACCCUUGGGGUCGGCACUUUCGGAAAAGUUAAAGUUGGAAGACACGAGUUGACAAAGCACCAAGUUGCUGUGAAGAUCCUGAACCGACAGAAAAUCCGCAGCCUCGAUGUAGUUGGAAAAAUUCGCAGAGAGAUUCAGAACCUCAAGCUUUUUAGGCAUCCACAUAUAAUUAAACUGUAUCAAGUGAUCAGCACACCAACAGAUAUUUUCAUGGUAAUGGAAUAUGUUUCUGGUGGAGAGCUCUUUGACUACAUAUGCAAAAAUGGAAAGCUGGAUGAAAAGGAGAGUAGGCGUCUCUUCCAGCAGAUCAUCUCGGCUGUGGAUUACUGCCACAGACACAUGGUGGUGCACAGAGAUCUCAAACCAGAGAACGUGCUGCUCGAUGCACAGAUGAAUGCAAAAAUUGCAGAUUUUGGUCUUUCAAACAUGAUGUCAGAUGGGGAGUUUCUAAGAACCAGUUGUGGUUCUCCAAACUAUGCUGCUCCAGAAGUUAUUUCAGGAAGGUUGUAUGCUGGUCCAGAGGUGGAUAUCUGGAGCAGCGGGGUGAUCUUGUAUGCCUUGCUGUGCGGGACUCUCCCAUUCGAUGAUGACCAUGUGCCAACCUUGUUCAAGAAGAUCUGUGAUGGCACCUUUUACACCCCACAGUACCUGAACCCCUCUGUUACAGGCCUUUUGAAGCACAUGCUGCAAGUGGACCCCAUGAAGAGAGCUACCAUAAAGGAAAUCCGAGAGGAUGAGUGGUUCAAACAGGAGCUUCCUAAAUACUUGUUUCCUGAGGAUGCAGCCUACAGCAACACCAUGAUCGAUGAUGAAGCCCUCAAGGAAGUCUGCGAGAAGUGUGAGUGCACUGAGGAGGAGGUGCUUAGCCUCCUGUACAGCCAGAAUCACCAUGACCCUCUGGCUGUGGCCUAUCACCUAAUCAUUGACAAUCGGAGGAUCAUGAAUGAAGCCAAGGACUUCUACCUGGCCAGCAGCCCACCAGAGUCCUUCGUGGAUGAGCACCAAUUGGCGGCCUCUAAGCCACACCCAGAGCGAGUGCCAUUUGUGGUAGCUGAAAUGACCCCAAGGCCUCGCCACACGCUGGAUGAACUAAACCCACAGAAGUCCAAGCACCAAGGAGUGCGGAGAGCCAAAUGGCAUCUUGGGAUCAGAAGUCAAAGCCGACCUAAUGACAUCAUGGCUGAAGUUUGCAGAGCAAUGAAACAGCUGGAUUAUGAGUGGAAGGUUGCAAACCCAUAUUAUUUGCGUGUCCGGAGAAAGAACCCAGUGACAGGAAUGUACACUAAAAUGAGUCUGCAGCUCUACCAAGUUGACAGCAGGACCUACCUCCUAGACUUCCGGAGCAUUGAUGAUGACAUCUCCGAGGCUAAAUCUGGAACAGCUACCCCUCAUCGGUCAGGAUCAAUUGGGAACAAUCAGAUGACACUGAAGAAUGGAGCCGGUGACGCCCCGGUGAAAGGUGAAGAUGGGUCUUUAACAUCCUCUUUGACAUCGUCAGUUGACUCCUCAACCGGCGACACUGCUCCAAGACCAGGGAGUCACACAAUAGAGUUCUUUGAAAUGUGUGCUAAUCUUAUUAAAAUACUUGCACGAUAACUUUUUUUGGCAUUAGCCUAUGAGUGUCUUUACAGCAAUAAGCAUGCAACAGAUUCAUGGCUUAAUGCUUCCGAUGUGGAUGUAGUUGUUGUUUUGUGGCACUGAAGCAGUUGGCCCCAGUAAAGCUGGGUCUAGCUUGGGGUGGGAAGGUUAUUUAACAAUAAAUGCUAAGCCACUUUAUAGUAAUAUAGAUAUUUUAAAUUCAUAUACCUAUUUCUUGCUUAAGAAUUGAAGUGUUAAACCCCCCAAAGAAGCUUGCCUUUCUACCUUAUAUUGGCAACAAGGUGAUGUAUUGGAUGACAGUGCUGCAAAAUGAACACUGUCCAGACAGCAUUGAAAGUGUCAGUUUGAUUUUGCAACACUGCAGAAAUGUCUUUGUGUACAACAUAUUUCCCUGUAGUUUUUAUAUAUAAUGCAUACAUAGUUGGAAUCUGAAUACAUGUAUCAAAGCUUUAAAUGGGGAUCCAAGAUGCUUUUGAAAAUAUGGAUUAUAUAGUGUAUAUUGGACAUGUUUUUUUUGCAUUUUAUAAUUUAUAUAGCUGGAUAUAACAUUUUAUCCUUGUACUGAAUUGUGUUUGAAAAAAUCGUUACAACCAAAUAAUGUUGGAUUCUUUUUUCUUUUUUAAUUUUAAUCCUACACAACUAUUUUUGAUAAAGAUGUUUUCGUUUUAAGGAAAGAAAAUGAUAAUUUUGUUGGCUAAAUACAUAGUUAAGAGAACUUCCAUUCCAAAUUGUUAUAUAAUAAUAUCACUGUGGCAAUGUGCCCCGUCCCUGUGUGCAUUUGUGUGUAUGCGUGCGUGUGUAAAUGUUGGUGUAUAGAUUGGUACACGGGAUAUAAACAGGUCUGUGUUUCACGUGUAUUUAAAAAGUGUAGAUUUGUAUUUAGGCACGAGGAGAGCACAAAUCACUUCACGUGCUGGUUAAAUGUAAUAUGUGAGCACGGGGUUGCACAGAAUUAAUUCACGUGCUGGGAUUCAAGUGAAUAAUUAAUUAGUAAUUGAAUCCCAGCACAAUAGUAUAUAUAGACGCACAUUUCUUGCACUCAGGGUUGGGUGUUCGGAAGAGGAGAACGGGUGAGAGAGAAAGGAGUUAAAAUAAGUGAUAAGAAUAAUUAUAAGUGUUUGGUACUCACCGUGUUUAAAUACAAAUCUACACUUUUUAAAUACACGUGAAACACAGACCUGUUUAUAUCCCGUGUACCAAUCUAUACACCAACAUUUACACACGCACGCAUACACACAAAUGCACACAGGGACGGGGCACAUUGCCACAAUCACUCAUCAUGCUUUUUAUGUAAAUUAUUAGCAGCACAGAGAAAUAUGCUUGUCUGUAAAUGUCCAGUCUUCUAGAUUUAGUUUUGUUAAAACAUUUAAAGCCCAGCUAAAUCAGUGGUGCCUAAGCAGGGCUGUGUUUAAACCAAUUUUGACCAACCCUGCUGAAAGUCUUAAUCUAAAAGAAUUUUAUUGUCAAGAAUCAUUUUUAUGUAAGUGACAGUUGACAAAAUCGAAUUUCAGCCUUCUGGUUUUUUGCCUGUUCUUGCUUUGGCCUUGUUUUUCUCCUUGUUUAAAAUUAAGCUUGAAUAUGAUUAUCCAUUUACAUGAUUUAUUUUUAAAGAGUUUUUAUCAUAAGGGUUUGGAUUUUUAAAGCAGACAGAUCCAUUAUAUAUAUAUAUAUAUAUAUAUAUAUAUAUAUAUAUAUAUAUAUAUAUAUAUAUAUAUAUAGACUUUUCUUUAUUUUUCCAUGGCAAGGACAAGCUAAAUCCAGCUAGAUAUAAAUGACGCAGAACUUUGCCUGGGUUCACUAUGCCUUUAACACCUUCCUUUGCAAGCCCCAUAGUGGUUACUGAAGAGAUCUAUAAAGAACUGUGUGAGGAAUGCCAGUAAUUAUUCAAACUUUUGCUCAGCAAGUUAGUUGUUACACAAUUCGAUCCUGUCCAAUAAAGUUACCCAAGUUCUGCUUUUAAAAUGAGAACCACAUUUUUGUUUGGUUUCUUUGUGUGUGUGUGUGUGUGUGUGUGUGUGUAUUGAAUAAUUUCAAUUGAAUUGGAGCUAAACAUUCUGGGAGAAAAACAGUUCUAACAGUUGAAGCCCUUUGUAUAUCUUUCAUUUUGUACUGGUAAAAUUGAGUUGUAUUUAGAGCUGCACAUGUACUACUUGCUAGGAAGUUCUUUCAACUAUUUUAGGCUAUGAGAGCUGCUGUGGUUAACUUACAUGUACGCUUUUCGAUUUGAGAAACAAAAUCCUAAACCAGCCCUUACGUUGCUAGUAAAAUACCAACUUUCUUCUAAUUCAUGCAAGUGACAUUAUGAAUUAAGUCUGCAGUUCACCUGUUGUAUUCCUGAGCAUACGAUCAGAUAUGUAGUGGUUGACAAUAGCAAAACAUCCAACAUUUAUGGAGUUAUUUUGGCUUUGGUCAUCAAUCCACAGACGCCCAAUAAAAUGUUGUGAUGUGAAAAAACUUGAACCUAUGUCAAAAUGGACUGGCUCCCUAAAUAAUUUUAUAAGAACAACCUCAGCAGUACUCUUAUACUAACUAUUUUGGGCACUUCAUCUUUAUUUUAUUUUAAUUAUCUUUUGUGUUCAAAGUUUUUAAGCAGAAAUAUUUUUUUGACAGAAAUAUAGAUGGAGUGAUACAAAUAGGUGACCAGUCUCAAAGUAAUCAUUAUUUGACACAUUGUUAAAUUACUUCAAUUGGGUUUUAAUGUAAAGAGACCCUACAGAAUUGACCAAUGUAAUUUUUACUUUAGAGUGUUUAAAAUCAUAUGUGCAUAAUAAAAAAGAAAUUGCACCAACCA